UUUGAAAAGAAAAAUAUAUAUACAGUAUGUGGUAAAGACACUUUGACCUCAUCAUCAGUUUUAGAAAGAUGAUGGGUUCGGCAGAGGUUGAUAUAAUCGGUUGUAAAUCAGUUCAAGAACUGUCGUUGGAUUCUGAAAAUCUACCAUCAAAUAAUUAUAUCUACAAGGAAGGUGGUGUUGGAUUUCGUGAUGCUCUUCUUCCUUCACAAUCAGAUCUUCAUAUUCCAGUUGUUGACAUUGGCAAACUCAUUUCUCCAUCUACAUCACAACAAGAGCUUCAUAAACUUCACUCUGCACUCUCUUCUUGGGGAUUGUUUCAGGCAAUAAACCAUGGCAUGACAAGCUUGACUCUUAACAAAGUGAGGGAAAUUUCAAAGCAAUUCUUUGAACUUUCAAAGGAAGAAAAGCAAAAAUAUGCUAGGGAGCCAAACGGUAUUGAAGGAUAUGGAAAUGAUGUAAUAUUAUCAGAAAACCAAAAGCUUGAUUGGACUGACAGAGUAUAUCUUAAGGUACAUCCGGAACAUCAGAGGAAUUUCAAACUUUUUCCCCAAAAACCCAAUGAUUUCAGGAAUACUAUAGAACAAUAUACUCAAAGUUUAAGGCAGUUAUAUGAAAUAAUUUUAAGAGCCGUAGCAAAAUCACUGAACUUGGAAGAGGAUUGCUUCCUAAAGGAAUGUGGAGAGAGAGAUACAAUGUUUAUGAGAAUCAAUUACUACCCUCCAUGUCCUAUGCCUGAUCAUGUUCUAGGCGUAAAGCCACAUGCUGAUGGAUCAUCUAUAACUUUUUUGCUGCAAGAUAAAGAGGUAGAAGGCCUUCAAGUCCUAAAAGAUAACCAGUGGUUUAAAGUUCCAAUUAUCCCUGAUGCUCUCGUGAUUAAUGUUGGUGAUCAAAUAGAGAUAAUGAGCAAUGGAAUUUUCCAGAGUCCAGUACACAGAGUAGUGAUAAAUGAAGAAAAGGAAAGGCUCACAGUAGCAAUGUUCUGCAUCCCAGAUUCUGAACAAGAGAUUAAACCAGUCGACAAAUUAGUGGACGGGACAAAGCCAAUAUUAUACAGACCAGUGAAAAACUAUGUUGAUUUAUAUUUUCAGUAUUACCAGCAGGGAAAAAGGCCAAUUGAAGCUUCCAAAAUUUAAUCAUAGUUAUGUACAAGACUUCUCGGAACUUUGUGAAAUGGAAGAGAAUGAGAAUGAAAAUGAAAUAAAAUGUGUAUUGUGAAAAUUCUGAGCUGUGGCUGAUACUUUAGAUAAAAUAAAUGUUUAUUUGUAUAAUAGUUUAAUUAAAAGCCAAAAUCAUAAAUCCUUUAAAGGAACAUGAUAAUAAUUAA